GUUACAUAUCAAGUUGUUUUAAGUGAACAUAAACAAUAAGCUUUUGUCAAUGCAUGAAAUAAGAACAACACCUCCAUCACAAACAAGUAGGAUUAGGUAUGAAGCCUCUAUAUCAUUUCCAAUUUUCAAUAGUUUGUCUUUUAAGACAAAUUAGGGAUUCCUUGAACCUGGAGAUUUUUCUACAUCUGACAAUUACCUAUAGCUAAUCAAAUCAAAAGAUACCUUUCUGCGCACCAGCUGAAAGGAGAUUGUGCUCUCUGCUAUUUCUGUCAAACCUCUGAGCCUUUGAAUAUGGUGAGCGUUCCUAAUACAUAUAAAACCUACUGCAAGUCCAAGGAGCGUAAAAAGCACACCUUGCAUAAGGUCACACAAUACAAGAAGGGGAAAGACAGCUUGGCUGCUCAGGGUAAGCACCCUUUUAACAGGAAGCAGUCUGGUUCAGGUCAGACAAAGCCCAUCUUCCACAAAAAGGCUAAGACCACAAAGAAGAUCGUGAUGAGGUUGCAAUGCCGAGGCUGCAAGCAUGUCUCACAGCACCCAAGCAAGAGGUGCAAGCAUUUUGUAAUUAGUGAGGACAAGAAAGGAAAGGGAACCUCUCUUUUCUAGAUUGCCUGUGAAGUCACCAAGAACUUCCUUUUCUUUGCCUUCUCUUAUGUUGCAAUGUUGAACUUUGGUUAUUUUGGAUGUUGGUUCUGUUAUGUUACAUUGUCUUAAAAUAGAUGGUUUUCCGUUAUGAUAGUUAUAUGAAGAUCCUAUCCAAAAAAAAAGAAGAGAACUUGCAAACACUAGACCAAAUAUAACGAAAAAUGUGGAAACUUAUGCACGGGAUGGAGAUCUUGAGCUGGGAACAAAACUAAGAACAGUCCAUCAAAUUAAACUGCUCAAUAAUCUGCUGAGGACAUAUAGUGGAAUUAAUUUUUUGUUUUGAGAUAAGGGUAACUGACUUAUAGUGGAAUUAAUUUGAUUCCAACAAAAUGGCAUUACCUAUAUGACUCCCUAAUUUCCUCUGUGAUUUGUUCUUCACGAAGUCCACAAAGAAAUUAUGUAUUAAACUGUUGAAAAGGCAAAACUUCUCUUUUCAUUGUGCAAUAGGUGAUUAAUAUUGUUAUAUCAGAUUCAUUGCCAUCAUGUUGAUUAAUUUUUUUAUCAAAGUGGUGUCACAAUUGCACAUGGUUUUGAUAAUUAACAUCUCAAAUGAUAUUUAAUCAUAAAAAAGUUAACAUCUCAAAUGAUAGCAGGUGGGGACAACAGUUCAUGACUUCAGAUCAACAAGGUUAUUAACAAGACAGCAACCAGGCAUUACCUAUCAAAUUCACCCCUGUAGAAGUAUAAUUUCAUUGAUCAGUUCAUGGUAAGCGUUUCCUCUCUCCUGGAGGCAGGAAUCGGUUUUAUAUAUCUUUGCGUUGAAUGCGGCAAAGUAAGGCCAGCUUUCUUGAAAGCAAAACAAAGAACUAAACUAACAACUGAAAAGCUACCAGCACCUUUUCCUUUCGACCGACAUAGUAAUUCCACCCUAUUCCCCAAAACUGAAUUAUUGUUCUUCCCUCAGUGUAUUCUUUCCAAAAAUACAUUCAAUAGUAUCUAAAGAUGUUUAGUCAUUUUAUUCUCCUAAACACAAAUCAAGGCAUUUACGACUUUUUCCAGAAAGAAGAAACUGAAAGUGAAACAAAUUCUCCCACAACCAAACGGUUUCUAAACCAAGCAAACCUAGGACAAAUUUAAGAAGCCGUUUGAUGGCACAUAAAUCUUCACAUCAACAAGGACUAUACAGCUAGAGUUUUUAUAAAGGUCAAUGAUCAAAACUUCAUAUAUAAUUACAUUUUUUGACAAAAUGACGAUGUAACCAAAACGUGAUUUGUAAACCAACAAGCAUAACAUUUAAUGCCCACAAGUUCUAACGAAGGUUAAUCUGAUGGAUCAAGUCAGA